AUGACUGGUGAUUUCAACUUCCCGCGAAUCUCGUGGUCUGAAAGCAUGGUUAUCCCAACCGGUGAAUCCGAGAGAUUUUUGUACAACACCUUAUCUGACCAUUACUUAAGUCAAUUGAUCUUCGCUCCAACAAGAGAAACUAACGUUCUUGAUCUUAUCAUGACAAACAUUCCAGACAACGUUAACAACAUUGAAGUAAUUGAUCCAACCAAUUUCAAUUUGUUUUCCGACCACAAGUGCAUACUCUUUGAGUUUCAAAGUACAGCAACACCUUCUCACAAGCUCAAAAGAUCGGUUUACGAUUACAACCGUGCGGAUUUUGAAAAAAUGAACCGUACUUUUGAAUCGAUUGAAUUUGAAUUUAGCGAUCCCACAUCGAUGUCCGACAUUAACGAGAACUGGAAUUUAUGGAGAGACACUUUCCUUGCUGUAGCUGACGAAUGUAUUCCAACAAAGAUUGUAAAAGGAAGGUACAAUCCACCAUGGUUGACCGGUGAGAUAAAAUUUUUGAUCAAAAAGAAAGAAACACUACGGCGAAAAAUCCGUCGCGGAACAAAUUCUGCUGCACUUGUACAAAAAUACAAGAAUCUCCGCCGUACAACUAAGAGAUUAAUCAAAGAAAGUCGGGAAAAGUUCUUUGGUUCCCUAAGCGAAGCUCUACCAUCCAAUCCGAAACUGUUCUGGUCAUUUUUUAAAACAACCACUAAAUCCAGCCGUAUUCUACAGCAAGUUUCCGUCGCGACAGGCAACGAAGACUCCCCACGCUUAGAUUCCACUAGUCAAAAACAAGCUGCAGAAAUGUUCAAUGACUACUUCCACUCAGUAUUUCUAACAGAAGGUGAUGAUAUUUCAAUCCCCACUACACCUGUAUGUGAAGAGACUAUUUCUGACAUUAUUUUAGACCCAAGUGAAGUAUAUGACGUUCUUCAUUGCCUCGAUCCUAGUAAAGCAUCUGGUCCAGAUAAUAUCCCAAUCCGCUUACUAAAAGAAUGUGCGCACUCCAUCACACCAUCAUUAACAUGUCUCUUCAACAAAUCCUUAAAGCAGGCCUCCCUACCAUCAGAAUGGAAACUGUCCAACAUCAUCCCGCUUCAUAAAAAAGGAAUCAAGAGUUUUGUUGAGAAUUACAGACCAAUUUCCCUCAUGUGCGUUGUUGCGAAAGUUUUAGAACGUUGUGUUUACAACCGUCUGAUUGGUCAUAUAGAGAACAUGAUAUCCGUCGUACAGCAUGGUUUUCUGAGAGGAAAGUCUUGCACAGGUCAGCUCAUUUCCGUUCUUCACCGCAUCAGUCAAAACCUGGAUUCAGGGAAACAAACAGAUAUCUUGUAUUUCGAUGUUGCUAAAGCGUUCGACACGGUGAAUCAUAGCCAUCUUUUAAAGAAACUCCAACGAUUUGGACUUAAGGACAAUAUUUUAACGUGGUUUAAAAGUUAUUUAUCCGGACGACAACAGCGUGUACUAGUCAACGGUGAGAUUUCAGAGACACGUCCAGUUUCCUCCGGCGUUCCGCAAGGAUCAAUACUCGGUCCACUCCUGUUUCUCAUCUACAUAAACGACCUUCCCGAAUCAAUAACCUCAUCCGCUGUUGACGUUUCCUUGUUUGCCGACGACACAAAAUGCAUCUCAGUUAUUGAAUCACCGGUUGACGCCUGUGUCCUUCAAGCUGAAGCGAGAAACGUGGAGAAAUGGGCUGAGUUUUGGAGGCUCAAAUUCAACGCCGAAAAAUGCAAAGUUCUGAGCGUUACGAGAAAACGUCAUCCUCUUGUUGCUGAAUACAUUGUCAACGGUAAAACUUUGCAGCAUGUUUCCUCGCAGAAAGACCUCGGAGUGACGGUUUGUUCAGAUCUCAGAUGGAACACUCAUAUUUACGAGCAAAUUACGAAAGCCAACCGCCUACUUGGUAUGCUCAAACGUUCGACUAUCAAAGUCAAAAACGUAAAUACCCGACGCUGUCUCUACCUUACACUUGUGAGAUCCCAUCUUGCUUAUGCCUCACAAGUGUGGUGUCCACAGACUAUCACCAUGUGUAUGGAGCUCGAACGCAUACAACGUAGAGCGACCAAAUUCGUACUGUCUUUACCAUUCCAAACGGACAUGCCAUACAAAACGAGACUCGCUGCGUUGAAUAUGCUACCUCUCUGUUACUGGCACGAAUAUCUUGAUAUCCUGUUCCUCUUCAAAUGCAAAUAUGGCUUGGUUAAAACUGAUAUCCUACCCGAAGAAGUUGACACUCUGACUUCAACCAUAAAUCUACGCUCUUCUAAUAACUCUCUUGUAAAAUAUAACAUUCCUAAAGUAAGAACGCUAUGUCACCAGAACAGUUAUCUUAUACGAGUAUCGCGUGUGUGGAACUGCCUACCAGACGAGCUACGGAAACCAGAACUAUCAUUGCAGAGCUUUAAAUCACGUGUUAUAAACUAUUACCACUCCGCAACAUUAACCGUGUUUGACCAGGAAAUUCCGCAGACGUGGAAAUCAGUUUGUCUGAAAUGUCAUAAAGCCAGGCAGCUUACUGCAACAAUGAAAUGUUGUUCUUAAUUGAACUAGUUAUUUUGGCAAUUAUUCAAUGUAGUAUACUUCAUUUUAUCCGAUGUAGAGUUGGGUUUUUCGCCAUUUUCGUUUUAUUUAAUUUAUCGACGGAUACAGAACCUAUAUAUAUUCUCGCAUUUAUUCUGUUUGACAAUUUUGUCAUUUUGUUUUCCCAAAUUUCGAAAUUUUUACGCUCUCUCUCUACUUCGGAUGAAAAGGAUUAUACUAUAUUCUUGUUUGAUAUUUAAAUUAUAAGUUGUGAAUUUUUGUAUAAUGAUGUUUUGUAACAGGUCACUAACGUAAUUGGCUCACGCUGUGUUAGUGUUCCUGAACCGUCUUCCUGUUUGUACAUGUAUAUUUCUGUUGACGGCUGAAGUUAAUAAAUAAAUAAAUAAAUAAAUAAAAAUAAAUAAAAUAUUUCGCUCGAUAUUUCGAGCCGAUGAAGCCUUAAUAAGCGAAGAUGAAACAUCAGGGAUGACUGAGUAA